AUGUCCUCCGGCGUCCGCAACUUGCGGGCGAUGUUUGAGAACCAAGGCGCUGCAUCUCCUGAACCCCGCGGCCGUUCCCCAGGCGACAACACAGCAACAGAAGAAGAGACAACCCGCCCCACGCCCAAAGUACGCGCAUCCUUUAUUUCCGUCGUGCCCACGGCCGCCAUACCGCCGCCAGACCUCGGUGCCGCCAAGGGGACGCCGACCAACAGCACCGCCGCUCACCGUCGAGAGAGCUUCAGCGUAUCGCAGGACAACGUCGACGAGAUCGCAGAGCUGAAGAAGGAGGUCAGCCAGGAGAAGGAAGAGCGCCGGAAGAGCAUCUCUGUUUCCGAGACUGUGCCAGAAGAGGCCGUUGCCUCGAGAGAAUCGUCAGUGCCCGCACCGCCCAUCCGCAAGGAACCCGCCGGAGAGAUGGCCACGCUCGGCUCUAUAAUGAAGGGCUCAGACUUCCCCGAGUCCUCUGCCCCCGCGCCAACAAAGCCCGCGGUCGAGGCGACGCCGGACCAGCCUCCUGCGAAGGAGGAGACAGCACCAGUCGCGCCCGCCAAGGACGAUGAGCCUGCGCCAAAGGCCCCCAAAACCCCCGCGAAAGCCCAGAAGAAGCCAGCUCCUGUCCCCAAGAUCGAGGCUACAGCCCCGACGCCUGUUAAGAAGGUGCCAAAGACGCCCAAGGCUGCGAAGGCCGAUGUGCCUGCGCCGUCCAAGACCCCUGCGAAACUCGAGGAGAAGCCCGCCGCAGCUGUCGAGGCAGAAGCACCCGUGCAGCCCGAGGCCCCUGUCGAGACCACCGAAGAUACAACAGCGGCGGCCACCGAAGAGGCGCCCGUGCCCGCCGAGGUUCCCGAAAAGAUUGAGGCGACGCCAGUAGAGGUUCCAGUCGACGAGACGCCUGCGCCGACUGAGGCUCCGGCGAAGGACGAAGAGAGUGUUGAAGCUCCAGCUGAAGCUGCGCCAGCCGCGCCUGAUACCCCCGAGAAGAUGGAAGAGACCCCCACUGUAGUCAACGACGCGCCUGCCACACCCGAGCCCGUCGUUGAGAACAAGGAGGAGCCUGUACCGGCCGAACCCAUUGAAACCCCCGCAGAUAAUCCGGACAAGCCUGUUACGGGAGCACAAGUGGAGGUGUCACUGACGCCGGCAGAUGUCACUGAUGCCGCGACCGUCUCCGGUGCCGAAACUCUGCCCUCGCCAGCCGAGGCCUUGAAGGCGUCAGACGCUCCAGAGCCUGCUGCGACACCAAAGGCGACCGAGACCAAGACGAAGGCCAAUGGCACACCUGCCGCAAAGUCGAAGCCAGAGAUCAAGAAGCCUGCAGCCAUUUCCACCUCGAAGGCCUCGACAUCAAAGGUAGCAGCAACCAAGAGCCCGCUCCCAAAGUCACACCCCAAACCCCCUACGACUCCAAAGACCGCGGCUGCAGCUCCGGCACCAAAACCCAGCCCCCUAGCAAUGCGGACCAAGCCGACCGCCGCAAAGCCAACUACAGCGAAGACGGAAGUGAAGCCAACUUCAGUGAAAGCAGACGCGAAGCCUGCUGCUGCCAAAGAGCCCACCAAAAUCGCUGCGCCAAAGACAGCUCGCGCUUCUCUGCGUCCAGGCGGUUUGCCUACCGCUACUGCGCCCACCGCAAGCGCAUCCACACGACCCAAGUCUACGGUUCCUGAGAACAAGAAGCCUGCUACUGCCAAGCCUGCAGCUACGAGCACUGCUACCAGUGUCCCUGCGAGUGGCUUCAAGAAGCCUACCCCCAAAUCGCCAACACGUCCGGUCAAAUUGCCGUCGCACCUUGUCGCACCCACCGCAGCAUCGGCUGCGAAGCAUGGCGAAGAACAGAAGAUUACUCGAAAGCCGUCCACGACGACUCGACCAAAGCCCGCUGCUCCCGCCGCCCGACCAACACGAGCAUCUCUUGUCCCCGCCACCGCCGCUCCAAAGCGCCCUGACUCCCGAGCCUCCACUUCCUCAGCUGCCCCGAAGGGUGAUUUCCUGUCGCGUAUGAUGCGACCCACCACAGCCAGUGCUUCGAAGACCCACGACAAGCCUGCCUCUCCACCGCGCAAGAGCACCAAGGCUCCCGUUAGUGCUAUACAGAAGGGCAAGAAGAAGGUCGAAGAGGUAGCUGCAAAGGCAAAGGAUAGCAUCACCAGCAACGGACAUCAUGAUGAGGAAGCUGUGGCUGACGGCACGGUCGCUAGCGAGGACGCAGAUAGCAGCCAGAAGGUCGAGCCAUCUGAUCAAACUGCUGAGGUCCAGGAACCAGUGACUGCAGAAGAGCCCACUCAAGAUGCGGAGACACCUGCUGCGGAACUGCAAACCACCCCUGCCAGCAACGAGCCGGUGCAUUAG